AUUGGUAAUAUAUUCCAUGCAGGUGGGAGAAGAGGUGCUUGCUCUAGGUAAGAUUGCAUGUCCAAUAAUUUUGACCACCAUACUCAUAUACUCAAGGUCUGUAAUAUCAAUGCUCUUCUUGAGUCGUAUGGGGAAAAUAGAGCUUGCAGGAGGCUCAUUGGCACUUGGGUUUGCAAAUAUCACAGGCCUAUCGGUAAUGAAAGGCCUGGCCAUGGGAAUGGAUCCAAUCUGUGGGCAAGCCUAUGGGGCAAAGAGAUGGUCAGUCAUCAGCCAAACAUAUCUUAGAACUCUCUGUCUCCUUUUACUUGUCGCCAUACCCAUUAGCUUGUUAUGGCUGAACGUAGAACCAAUCUUUCUACGCUUAGGUCAGGAUCCAGAUAUCACAAAUGUAGCCAAAGUUUACAUGGUAUUCUGCAUUCCUGAAUUAAUAGCUCAAGCUGUGCUUCAUCCAAUGAGAUCCUUUCUCAGAACUCAAGGCUUAACUACUCCUCUUACCAUAUCUGCUGUGGGUGCAGUUAUCCUCCACACCCCAAUCAACUACUUUUUUGCAAUAUAUUUGAAUCUAGGGGUGAAAGGAGUUGCAUUGGCCAUUGCUUGUAAUACCAUAAACAUGAACAUAGGCUUGCUAAUUUAUGUAGCUGUAUCCAAAAAGCCGCUGAAACCUUGGCAUGGAAUUACAGCAGCCUCCAUGUUGCAAGGCUGGAAGCCAUUGUUAUCUCUAUCUUUGCCUAGCGUCAUCUCUGUAUGCUUGGAGUGGUGGUGGUACGAGAUAAUGCUGUUUCUUUGUGGUUUGCUCAGCAAUCCAAAGGCUAGUGUUGCAGCUACAGGCAUCCUUAUACAGACAGCUGGUCUAAUCUACUCAUUUCCAUUUUCCCUAAGUUGCAGCUUAAGCACACGAGUAGGUCACGCACUGGGCGCUGGACAACCAGCUCGUGCCCAAUGGACAGCCAUAAUUGGGAUCAUCCUGGGAUUUGCAUGCGGACUCACGGCCGCUGUUUUCACUGCAGUCUUUAGCUCAGCAUGGGGAAAAAUGUACACAGAUGAGCCACAGAUUCUUGACUUGAUAUCAACUGGACUACCACUACUGGGGUUAUGUGAAAUUGGCAACUCUCCCCAAACAGCUGCUUGCGGAGUCUUAACAGGCACCGCACGUCCUAAAGAUGGUGCUCGCAUAAAUUUGUAUGCCUUUUACCUUGUUGGAUUACCAGUUGCAAUUCUCCUAACUUUCAAACUCAAAAUGGGAUUUCGGGGAUUAUGGUUUGGGCUACUUGCUGCACAGAUUAGUUGCGUUUCUAUGAUGUUGUACACCGUGUUUAGAACUGAUUGGAAGCACCAGGCCAAAAGAGCUGAUGAGUUGACUUCAGCUGCAGGUGAGAGGGAUGAUUUGGAAAAUGGCGUACUUAUGACCAAUCAAUGACACUCCAAAAUCA